UAGGCACAUUCCGCAGCAUUCGGGCGGACGUUGUGUGUUAGAAAGGCGACGGAGAGAGUGAGACCUGUGAUUUUUCAGAUACUUGCGCCUCGCGCCAACCCAAAUGCACAACGAAUAGUGCACAGGAUCGCGAUUCGAUAGUGGAUGCAGUUGAUUUGUCUCCAAAUUUCGUCGCUAGCUUUGGGCAGUCGUCAUUCUCGCUGUCACCAUAUUAAAACAACGGACCACCGAACCAGCGUCCCAGCGUUCCCAGUGGCAAAAGCAAAAGCACUCUGGUGGUGUGUUGUGUGAGCCCCAGCCUGGCCCGUCUGCCCGCCCGCCUGCCUGGCCGCGCCAGCGUUCGGUUUCGUGUCUGAGCAUGGACUCUUCUUAGCGCGGUCGUCGUAAAUUAUGGAUUCAAAUUCCUCGCUCGUGCGAAGUAAGUUGGGGACGACAGCCCUGUAGCACUUGACGUUCACAAACUUCAUCCGAGUGUCCACCUUGGCAAGGGCUUUGCUAAUCAUCCAAUCAACACCACGCGGGCGUUACGCGUUCAAUAGCAGCAGCAGCUUUCUAUCAACCACUGAAAUCAACCAGCAUUGUCAUCGUCGUGCUAAAAGUGUGUGCCCUGCGUUCUGUCGCUCGUUUGUGUGUGUGUGUGCGUAUGCUGUGAAUCAGCAUCGUUGUAGUCAUUCUGUGCCUACAAGGCACGUCUUUUCGGAAAGUGAUAGAUGUGAUUGUGGCGCGCUGGUGCAUCGCUCCAGGGAGGUGGUUGUGUUGUGGGCCAGGCGUCCACGUGUGCUUCGCAGGACUCGUCGCAGGAUCCGUCGACUAUGUCCCAGCUGCCCGAAGGUUUUUUCCACGUGGGUGAUGGAAGGUUGAGCGCGAGCGAGGAGUUGCUCCAGAGGCUUAAGACGUCAAAGGAAAUUAAGGAUGUCUACGAGGUAGAGGAGUCCUGGAUUGCCAAAGGAAUGUAUGGCAUCGUCCGGAGCGCGGUAUCAAAGCAAUCAGGAGUUAGCUACGCGGCCAAAUUCUUACGUCGGCGCAGGCGGGGCCAGUGCUGUCUAAAUGAAAUUAAUCAUGAAAUAGCGGUAUUGAUGUUGUGCGCAGAUUCGAAUCAUGUGGUGAAGCUACAGGCUGUGCACGAGACUCGGGCUGAAAUAGCGCUCAUCCUGGAGCUUGCUACUGGUGGCGAACUGCAAACACUCAUCGAUGACCAUGGUCAUCUGUCGGAGCAAAAAACACGCGUUUGCAUGCGCGAAAUUCUACGCGCCUUGCAGCACAUGCACAACAAGUCGAUCGCACACCUUGACCUGAAACCGCAGAACAUCCUGCUGGCUGGGAAGGACGUGGACGACGGUCUCAAACUGUGCGACUUCGGUAUCGCGCGGUUCAUCGGUGAUAAGAACAAGAUCUAUGAAAUCAUCGGUACGCCUGACUACGUCGCACCGGAGGUACUGCAUUACGAUCCGCUGUCCCUGCAGACGGACAUCUGGUCGAUCGGCGUAGUGGCCUACGUCCUGCUGACCGGUUUGUCGCCGUUCGGUGGCGAGAGCAAACAGGAAACGUUCCUGAACGUGACCAAGUGCUCGCUCACCUUCCCUGACGAUCUGUUCACGGGCAUUUCGAGCGAUGCGAUCGAUUUUAUCAAGAGCACACUACGAAUUAAACCGAGGGAGCGGUUGACGGUGGAUGAAUGCCUUGCGCAUCGUUGGCUGCACGAAGAUGCGGUCAACUUGAGUGAGGAAAUGUUAGCUGCUCAGCUCCUGCAUGCAGUUUCGUCGGAUCAAAAUGGAGCCCAGCAGGGGUGCUUGGCAGGCGCGGAGGAUGCAGAGAAGGGUCACAACGUUUCGAGUAACGAUUGCAACUCAAUAGGAUGCCAUAAACCAACAUCGCUGAAACUCGAUGAGAAGGUGUGCCAUGAAGGCACUCGGUUGCCGAAUUGUACAACGACCGAUGCAGUGGAGGAACAAUCGUCGGAACGAUGUCGAAGAGGCAGUAGUGAUGCCGAAGAGUACAAGUUGCGGAAGGGAAGUGUACUUGAGGAUGGCACCGAACAAGAGAUUAAGCCCACCGUUGAAGUUGUGUCGCUCGGUGGAAACACUUGCAAAGAGGGAAGCAGUGAGGUCAUGGUGGCCAGCGAUGAUAACAAGGAAAAUGUCAUGGUGGUGGGCAAUGGAAGCAGUAGCGCUUCCCCUAAUGGUACCACCUGCUCAUUAUUUCCCGACGCCCCAACCACUCCGAAAGUCAGUCGUAAAGCGAUGCCGACCGAACAGCUGAGCGAACAUCAUAGUCACCACCAUAGUGGGAGUGGGCACCAUUAUGCGCACCAUAUUCAUCACCAUCAUCACCAUCUGCAUCAUAUACAUUCGAGUACUAUAAACCAUUCGGCGAUCCUGCACCACCAUCAGCCCCAUACGCCAUCUAAUCUGAACGGAUACAGUAACCAGCAUAGUAACAGCAUUUACGUAGGCAUGUCUAGCAACCCCUCGCAAGUGAAUGGUAUCCUUAGCACCACCAUUGGUACGGGCAGUGCUGGCAGAAACAACAGCAGUAAUGGUUGUACUGGCAAUAGCUCAAUCGUUCGCCAUAAUGCGCCGUCCAGUGUGAAAAGCUUUCUGCAUAUGUUCCAGUCGCAUCAGCAGCAGCAGCAGCCAUCUGCCGUCAACGCCACAAUCGCCACAUCAUCGGCGAUAGCGUCUAUGAUAGCGUCGACGACAGCGCAUGGUGCCACCAACGCUAUUCAAGGCGAGAUCCAAUGUACAGCUAGCGCCACAGUAGUUAAAGCAUCCGUAUCCCAAAUUACCGAGCGACUCGAGCCGACAACCGAAACUACCCGUAGUGCAUCCGGUGAAAUGUCGGCUCCAAGCUGUCGAACGACGGUCACGGCCGCAGCGUUGUGCGGCUUGAAAUGCAACGAAACCACCACCGUUGGAAGUAUGGCUGGAACUGGCAGCCUUACGUCGGCGGGCCGCAAGACGCUGCAGCAGUGCGACAAGGAUGUCAUCAUCUGCUGAGAACCAAGGGCGGCCGGAAGGCCAUCACUGUUAUCUAUUUAGCCCUCCUUCUCUCCUACCUAUUUUUCACGCAACCGUGCACCUUCGUUCGCGUACCGUGUGUCGCGUAGGCUGCGGGGAGAGGGAUGGACGAUCGUGUUCUAUGAGCACCUGAUGCAUACGUGCGUACGAAUUCGCCCCUAAUUUCCGCUAACGCUUAACGGGAUUUUCAAAUAGCCAACGGCUGGAUUGGAAACGGAUGGAGUGUAGUUUACUUAAAAAAUAGUUAUCAUUGAAACACGUACGGAGAAGAAGCCUUCGAUGUUGUUGCGCAUAAUAGCAGCGUGAGAAGUAUAGUUCAACUAACAGAUUAUUUUGGUUUUUGAGGCAUUAGCUAAACAUAUGGUAGUGAAAUGUGUUUUUUUGAUAAUUAUUUUCCUCCCUUAAGAUUUGUAUGUACUAUAUUAGGUAAUGUAACUGUUCAUUUGAUUUGAUACAAUCAAUCUAUUACUCUGUAGCUCAAUUAAUCUUCAAAUCGUCAUGCCCCAAAAGUGCUGUCAAACAUGUGCAUUUAAAAGAAAUGUUUUGCACCGAAAUCGUGAGUUACUUUAAAUGUUAUUAAUUAGUAGGAUGUCAAACUUUUUUGUCUCUCCAUAUGGAUUAGAGGUAUACUAUGCGGGAUUGCAAAAAAAAAGUUGAAUUCGAAUGUUCUGUUUAUACAAAAAUGCUGGUUAGAUUUGAUAUUCCAAGGGGAAAAAUAUUUAUUUUGUAUUUAAAAAAAAUCCAAUUUCAAUUUUCUUUUUUGUUGCGAAAAUAAAGAUCAUCGUGAAAGUAAUUGAUAACAAUAAUGAACUAGCAGCAUCAGAGUAUUCAGAUAAAAAUGUUGACAUCCUCCUAAUAAAUAAAAUUUACUCUCUAAAGGUUUCGAACCACGUUUGCCCUGGCGUAACUUUCGUUCAAGCUGACCCUGCAUUUAGCCUUAUCUCCCCUUUACUCCACGUACGCGGAAGGAGCCAGUCCUAGAUAGGUCUCUUCGUUAUGACAAUUUGGUUUUUUGUAUGAAUGGAUUUUAUUUGCAGUACAAGUUAAUUUUCUUGGCAGGCAGAGGUACAUGCGUACGUGAAUAAGAAAUAUCAGACCCAUACGUCGUUACAUGGCAACACAACAGUGGUGCAAGUAGCGCAUGGACAUGGUUUUGCUGACUUUUUUCGUUAAUAGAUUUUUAAUUCAAUUUCUUUCGUUUUAUGAUUGUAACUUAGCACUUUCACUUAUAAAAAUUGCUCGCGAAUGGGUGUAACGAAAAGAACCCGAAUGAUUGACAAUACAGUGAAAUAUUUUGUAUGAAUUAAUGAAUGAAUGUAUUGUAGUUGAACGAUACAACAUGACACACAAAAGUGCACCAUAUUGAUGGUAAGCUGGUUGUGCAGUUAUUUCUUUUGAAUUUACAAGUGUUAUAUUAUUGGCUUAUUAUUAAAAAGCACAAUAUUGUUUUUGCAACAAUUUCGGUUGUACUUCUUCGAGAAUGCCUUGAUGUGAUGAGCUCCAAUAAUUAAUUCUUGAUGUUUAACAUAUCGAUGCGCUUACCACAUCCACAAACCAUUUUUGCUCGAGGAAGAAGCUAACUUUUUUUUUAUUUCGCGCGGUUUUUUUCCCGUUACUGAAUGAUGCUUAGAGUGUCAGGUUCUUGGGUUGAUUGUUGUAAAGGAAUUGGAAAGCAUGAUUCAAUUUGCUAGACAUUGUAAUUACAAUAGAUUUUUAUUGAUAUCUUUAUGCAUAUUUGCUUAAACUAAC